AUGGGGGGUCGUGCAAAAUUCGACGAGAUCAUGAACCAGACAUGUCAAAACCAUGGUUUCCCGGUGAAUCACUUGGCCAGGGACCACAAUACUUACAAACAUGAGAUCAUUGAAGCUGGCAAGGACAAGACAAAGGGUGGUCGCCCGAAGAAAGGGAAGGAUAGCGCCGUUGAGGAUGAUGAAGGUGGCUACCCCAACAUCAAGGGUGUCAUGAUCACCUUCGGGGCCAUAGGCCUAUGA